UAGUUGUCGACCUCAGAAUGUCGGUGCUCACACCAUUUUUAAUAUUUUGUGUAGUGCUCAUCUUGUGGUUUUGGCCGAGGCAACGAAAAGAUGGACCACCUACGUUCCCCGGCGCAUUACCACUCAUAGGCCAUGGGCAUCAGUUGUUUGGAAAUCGUAAACAUUUAUGGAAAUACAUUCAGCAAUUAUCCCAUUAUUGUUUGGAGAAAGGCGAUGUCCUUGAAAUCUGGUUAGGACCUCAUACUGUUUAUUUUUUAACUGAUCCAGAUGAUAUCUUAACAGUUUCAAAUACAUGCUUAAACAAAUCUUACUUCUACGAGUUUACAAAAGAUUUUAUAAAAAAUGGAUUAAUUACUUCAGAACCAUCAAUAUGGAAGAAUCACCGCAGACUACUCAAUACGGCUUUCAGUCAAAGAAUACUGGACACGUUUGUUGAUGAAAUAAACACACAAACGCGGGAGUUUGUCACAAAUUUAUAUUCCCAAGUGGGUAAAAAACCAUUUGACAUGCGACAGUACUUGAUAAAGUAUAUUUUGAAGACUGUUAGUAGAACAUCACUAGGCCUAGAAGUUGAAGACCAAACCAUGAUUGAUGAAACAUAUACUAAUGCACUAGAAAGUUUAACAAAAAUUUACUUGGAACGAACAAAAAAACUAUAUCUACAUCCCUCCUGCAUUUUCGACAGAACAAAUUUGAAGAAGAAACAGGACGAUCUUAUAAGCAUCUUGAUAAAUAUUACAAAAGCUGUUAUUGCUAAAGGUAAAUCUGAAUUGAAGAACAAAAGGAUAUUGGCCGAAAAACCAGGAAAAUUAAGUUGUUUAUUGGAUCAACUGCUGCAGUUAGCUGAUGACCAUCAAACAUUUAGUGAUGAAGAAAUUCAGCAGCACCUGGAUACUUUUGUGAUGGCAUCUUUUGGUUCUACUUCUGGAACCCUUAUGGACGUCUUUUUAGCUAUAGGGUCUAAACCAGACGUACAGAACAAAAUUUUUGCAGAAGUUCAGCAAGUCCAACCAAACAAGAACGAGAACAUUUCAAAAUAUGAUUUGGGGAAAUUAGAGUAUGUGGAAGCAGUAAUCAAAGAAACACUUCGAGUGUAUGCCACGUUGCCAGGAACGUCUAGAAAAAUUGAAAAAGACGUUAAGCUGAAAAACUACACAUUGAGAGCGGGCAGCACUUGUAUAUUUAAUUUCUAUGGUGUCAGUUAUCACUCUAUGUGGGGUCCAGACCGGAAUGAGUUUAAACCAGAAAGAUGGCUUGAUCCUGCAAAGUUACCACGCAACCCUAAUGCGUUUUGUUAUUUUGGAAUAGGCAAACGAAACUGCAUUGGUAAACAAUUCGCCAUGACUGUAAUGAAGUUAACAGUUGCGUAUGUCGUACGAAACUACCACGUGGAAAGUGAUAUAAGUAAACUAGAAGCUGAAUAUGAAAUUCUACUCAAACCAAUAUCUGGCAAUCUAUUAAGCCUAACUUCAAGGUCAUAG